UGUGCUCCGCUUCUCAUCUCGUAAGCCUCCUCGAUGUGCUUUUCAGCUCCGCUUAAGUCAUGUUAUUAUGUUAUCUUACUACUCCUGGAGCGAUCAAGCUGAGUGCGCUUCCCGUAUGUGGAACAAUUUCCCCAUGAACGCCGGCAAGCUAGCUAAGUGAGUCCAGCUAAGUUCGCCACCUAUGGCCGCAACACACGGGGAGAUAUCGAAAGCCACCUAGCUGCACUCCCACAUCUCGCUCAGUCGAUCAGUAAUCAGUAAUCCAUCUUCUAUAUAUGAAACGCAUUCUAGCUAGCUAAUCCUAUCUUCAGAGUACAGUACGUAGUAAUCAGAAAUGGCGCUGGCACGCCGGAGUCGUCCCAUCUCCCUCCUCCUGGUCAUCGCCGCUGUUCUCUCCGUGCACAGCCUGCUCCCCGGCCCGGCCGCCGCCACGGGGAAGACCGGCCAGCUCACCGUCUUCUGGGGCCGGAACAAGGACGAGGGCUCUCUCAGGGAAGCCUGCGACGCCGGCGUCUACACGGCGGUCAUCAUGUCCUUCCUCAACGUCUACGGCCACGGGAAGUACCGCCUCGACCUCUCCGGCCACCCGCUCGCCGGCAUCGGGGACGACAUCAGGCACUGCCAGUCCGCGGGCGUCACCGUCUCCCUCUCCAUCGGCGGCUUCGGCGGCGACUACGCGCUCCCGACCAACCGGUCCGCGCUCGACCUCGCCGACCACCUCUGGUGGUCCUACCUCGGCGGCAGGCGCAGGGGCGUGCGCCGCCCGUUCGGCCGCGCGCGGCUCGACGGCGUCGACUUCUUCCUCGAGCGCGGCGGGCCGGGGGAGCACUACGACGCGCUGGCCAGGGAGCUGGCCAAGCGCAAGGCCCGCGGGGGGAAGCCGCCGCGCCUGACGGCGACGCCGCGCUACGCGUUCCCGGACCGGCUCGCGGCGCCGGCGCUCUCGACGGGGGUCUUCGAGCGCAUCCACGUCAGGUUCUACGACUACCCGGACUGCACGGCGUUCAUCGAGGACGCGUGGGGCAGGUGGACGGCGGCGUACCCGGGCAGCAAGAUCCACCUCGGCCUGACGGCGUCGGAGAAGGCGAGCUGCUACCUGCACCCCAAGGCGCUCUGGGAGAUCACGAUGCCGAUCGUGCAGAAGGCGGCCAACUACGGCGGCGUCAUGCUCUGGGACAGGUACUACGACGUGGUGAACGUGCAGGACCACUACAGCAGCUACAUCAAGAACUGGGCAUGAGCUCCGGCCAUCCUCCACUCCACGCAUCACCUUGUGUGUUCUUCCUCCCCUCCCUUGGCAAACAACGCCUCUAGCUCGUUAAUCUGCUUGCGCAUGUGUGGAUCGCAAGUAAUCUGCUGUUAAAUCGUCACUCUUGUGUGCUUGUGCAAGAAUAAAGGGACGACAGUGCAGGGACAAACAGUUCAUUUCAGAAGUUUGGUUUGAUCA